GGUCUGACAGGUGGUUCAGAGGCUGACGUGAGGAGGGUUUACAUGAGGUGCAGAUGGUCGCGUUUGGACUUUAAAAAGAAAAAGUAAAGUCAUUUGGAGGACCAGUCUUUUCUAAGUCACUGACCCACCACCGUCUUUGAGCCACAUCCCAGCUACCUGUCAGGAUGCAGAAGUGCAACAUAACAAAAAUAACAAGGCUUUCUCAGAGAUCCAGGCAGAUGGAGCAAUAAAGGGAAAGGCAUGAUGCUACGACAGACUGCAGCCAAACCCCACAGACAAGCUUUACGAGGAGCUGGUUAUCUGCUUCACGCCCAAUCUUCCUCCUGCCUUUCUCUGACAGAGGAACUGUUUUUAGAAGCUGCAGAAUAUGGCAAUAUUCCCGAGGUGAGGCGGAUGCUAGAAGAGCUGCCAGGCCUCAACGUCAACUGUGUGAACUACAUGGGCCAGAAUGCACUGCAGCUGGCAGUUGCCAACGAGCAUUUGGAAGUUACUAAGCUUCUCCUUAAGAAGAAAGACCUCGCCAGAAUAGGAGACGCUCUGCUGUUAGCCAUCAGUAAAGGUUAUACCCGCAUAGUAGAGGCCAUACUGAGUCACGAGGCCUUUGCAGACAGUCGAAGGUUGACUAACAGCCCCGGCCAGGCGGAGACACACGAUGACUUUUUCUCCUAUGAUGAGGACGGCACACGUUUCUCUCUUGACAUUACUCCCAUUAUACUGGCCUCCCAGUGCCACGAGUAUGAAAUCGUGCAUAUACUUUUUCUGAAAGGGGCCCGUAUAGAGCGACCCCAUGACUACCUCUGUCAGUGCAUGACCUGCAGCGAGCAGCAGAGGCACGACUCUUUCAGCCAUUCACAGUCCCGGAUCAAUGCAUACAAAGGUCUAGCCAGUCCGGCAUAUCUUUGCCUCUCCAAUGAAGACCCGGUGAUGGCAGCUCUGGAACUGAGCAAUGAGCUUGCAGUUCUGGCCAACACUGAGAAGGAGUUCAAGAAUGAUUACAAGAAACUGUCCAUGCAGUGUAAAGAUUUCGUGGUGGGGCUCCUGGAUUUGUGUCGAAACACAGAGGAAGUGGAGGCCAUUUUAAACGGGGACACUGAGGCACGUCAAAGCUCUGAAACCUGCAGUAGACAAAAUCUUAUCAGGUUAAAACUGGCAAUAAAAUACGAACUUAAAAAGUUCGUGGCACAUCCAAACUGCCAACAGCAACUUCUUUCCAUCUGGUACGAGAACUUGUCCGGGCUACGCCAGCAAACAACAGCAGUAAAAAUUCUUCUUGUGCUUGGUGUAGCUGUUGGGUUGCCUGUCCUGGCAUGUAUUUACUGGAUAGCACCGUCAAGUAAGAUAGGGAAACUAAUGUGUGGACCUUUCCUGAAGUUUGUGGCCCACGCAGCUUCCUUCAUGAUAUUUCUUUGCCUGCUGGUCCUGAACGCAGCAGACCGCUUUGGGGGAACAUCACUGCUGCCUAACAUGACCACCCACGAUUACCCCUCACAGCUUUUCCGUAUGAAGACCACCCCGUUCACAUGGAUGGAGAUCCUCAUCAUAUCUUGGGUCAUAGGGAAGAUCUGGAAGGAAUGCAAAGGUAUUUGGUCGCAGGACUUCAGGGAAUACAUCUCAGAACCCUGGAACCUUCUUGACUUCAGUAUUUUGGCCAUUUUUAUGACCUCUUUCAUUGCCAGAUUAAUGGCUUUCUGGCAUGCAUAUUCUGCACAGUGUUAUAUUGACAAGCACUAUGCUGACUUGUCCAACAAGACUUUGCCCUUCGAGAUACAAUAUUUCCAGCUGGCUCGAAUUCACUGGAUGCCCUCAGACCCACAGCUGAUUUCUGAAGGCCUCUAUGCAAUCGCAGUUGUGCUGAGCUUUUCUCGUAUUGCAUACAUCCUGCCAGCCAAUGAGAGCUUUGGACCUCUGCAGAUCUCUCUGGGAAGGACCGUAAAAGACAUCUUUAAAUUCAUGGUGGUCUUCGUAACAGUCUUUGUGGCUUUCAUGGUGGGAAUGUUCAAUCUGUACUCGUACUACCUUGGAGCCAAGCACAACGACGCCUUUACGACGCUUGAAGAGAGCUUUAAAACGUUAUUUUGGGCCAUCUUUGGAUUGUCAGAAGUCAAAUCAGUGGUCAUUAACAUCAACCACAAGUUCAUUGAGAAUAUAGGCUACGUGCUGUACGGGGUGUACAACAUCAUCAUGGUGAUUGUCUUGCUGAAUAUGCUCAUUGCCAUGUUUAACAGCUCCUUCCAAGAAAUUGAGGAUGAUGCAGAUGUUGAGUGGAAAUUCGCCAGAGCCAAACUUUGGUUUUCUUAUUUCGAGCACGGUGGCACACUGCCCGUGCCCUUCAACCUUGUACCAAGCCCCAAAUCUGUAGUUUCCCUCCUGCUGGGCGUAAGGGAAUCUCUCUGGGAUGCACCCUCAAGCAAAAGCAAAGAAAAUUCAACCGAUGAGAUGGAGCUUAACAAUCUGAGGCGACAGGAAGAUAGAAGUGGGGAUGAACCUCUUUGUCCAACGCGGCACCAAAAAAUAAUGACUUGCCUCAUCAAAAGAUUCAUCUUGAAAGCGCAGAGAGACAAAGAUAACGAUGAAGUGAACGAAGGUGAACUGAAGCAGAUCAAACAGGACAUCUCCAGUCUCCGCUAUGAGCUGCUGGAAAGGGGGAACCGUGACAUGAGAACACUGGGAGAUCUGGUCAGGCAGCUGGGAGAAGACAUGCAUGUUCAACAGAAAGGAGACAAGACGGAUGAGAUGGACAUACUUUCAUAAAACAUGGAAAUAUUAGAGAUGUGCUUACUGGUCAUUCAGUCUGGGUCAAAAGGCCCGUAGGCAUAAACUUACACACACAAUACAUAUUUUCAACAAGAACUUACCAGUUAAAAGUAAAUGUUAUGCAUUCACGAAGAAAUUGUUUCCCUUUUUUCUGUAAAAGAAAUCAUCAGAUGCUCUCUUCUCCAGUGCCUGUAUCAGUACAGUUAACCACAUGGUGGCACUAAUGAAAUAUUUUCUUGUUGCUCAGGCUCUGCUACACUAAUCUACACUAGUGACUGCUAACAUAUGAUGCUGCCUGUUGCCAGCUGUUGAUUUGAUGUGAUUUAGAGAUUAUUUAUCCAUUUGAGCAGAGAAGUGGAAAGCACUUGAGAUAAAACAGAAAAACAUAUGUGUGAAUAUGUUAGUGGUAAUUUGUAAUUCACCUAAAAUGACAGCUUUUGAUGAGAAGUUACUUUUAACUGUAACAAAACUGUAACAAAACUGUAAAAAUGAAUCAACAAGACGGUCGCAUAAACAGAACAUUAACUAUGUUAGAUUUUUUUGUGUGUGUUUUAUUAAAAUGUUCAUUAUCUAAGCAUAGCGUCUAAUGAAUGUAACUAAAAUUUAUGUUAUCUAAACUUCCAUGGAUUACAGAGGGGUUUUGGGUUUUAAAAAUCUUUGCUGCAGAUGCUGUUGUGCUCUUUGAUACAUGCUGUGACGCAAGAUAAAUGUCUAAGAGCAGUCUGACCUGUUGUGUCGACAAACAGCUCACAUCCAUAUAGCAGACCAGAGGACUAAAAGCUACCACCAGACUUAAGCUGUCAAACUCCUGAAUAAAGCUACUUUGAAGCAUUUAUGUCAAGAAAAAUGGAGGGACAGACACAACUGCUACUAAAGCAUCACAAUGGAUGAAUUGACCACAAAACUCUGUAAGGUGAACAUGAUGAAACCCAAUAAAAUGCAUUCAUGUGUCUGCAUUA